GUCCCUAGUAAAAUCUUCUAUAUAUAAACACAAGAUAGAUGCCCAUGCUGCCAUUCACACCUCUGUCAACCAAGGUCCUUCCUGCUUCUGGCUUCUGGUGCUCUCCCAUCUUCUACUAUCCCUCUCUCUCGUCUAUGGUCCUGCAUUCCAUUGGUCGCCGCCAUUUUUACAACUAGUCGCCGAUGGCCAAGUCUUGCAAGGAGGAGUCCAAACUCGCACAUAUGCCACACCUGGCUUCAUCCUACGAGAAGCGGAUCCGCCCGCUUUUGGAUGCCGUCGACCGGCUCCGGCGAUUGAACGUGAUGAAGGAAGGCAUCCAGCUGCCUACCAUUGUGGUUGUGGGUGAUCAGUCCAGCGGCAAGUCGAGCGUGCUAGAGUCGCUUGCAGGGAUAAGCCUCCCCAGAGGACAAGGCAUCUGCACCAGGGUGCCCCUCAUCAUGAGGCUGCAAAGUCACCAGCAAGAGGAUCCGGAGCUAACCCUUGAAUAUCAAGGCAAGUCCGUCCGUUCCUCCGAAGAGGACAUAGCAGAUGACAUCGUUGCGGCCACCGAAGAGGUUGCAGGCGAUGGGAAGAGCAUAUCGAACACCCCCCUGACCUUGGUGGUGAGGAAGAGAGGCAUGCCGGACCUCACCAUGAUCGACCUCCCUGGCAUAACCAGAGUGCCUGUUCACGGCCAGCCGGAAGACAUCUACGAGCAGAUCGCUGGCUUGAUCAUGGAGUACAUCAGCCCUAAGGAGAGCAUCAUACUCAACGUGCUUUCCGCCACUGUCGACUUCCCAACCUGUGAAUCCAUCCGCAUGUCGCAGAGCGUCGACAAAACCGGCGAGAGGACCCUGGCUGUUGUCACCAAAGUGGACAAGUCGCCCGAAGGCCUUCUAGAGAAGGUGACUUCCGAUGACGUGAAUAUUGGACUUGGUUACGUUUGUGUUAGAAAUCGAGUCGGGGACGGAGAAUCAUAUGCAGAUGCGAGGAGGACAGAGGCAGAGCUUUUCAGAAGCCAUCCUCUUUUGUCGAAGAUCGAUAAGUCGAUCGUCGGCGUUCCUGUGUUGGCACAAAGGCUGACGCAGAUUCAAGCUUCGAUACUUGCGAAGUGCUUGCCGGACAUCGUCACAAAGGUGAACGAGAAGCUUAACCAGAACAUGGCGGAGCUGAACGAGCUCCCCAAAUGCUUGAGUACAGUCUCCGAUGCAAUGGCGGCGUUCAUGAAGAUAGUUGGUGCGUCGAAGGAGUCGCUUCGAAAGAUAAUUUUAAGAGGGGAGUAUGAGGAGUUUCCUGAUGAGGAGGACAUGCACUGUACGGGGCGGCUGGCGAAGAUGCUGGACGAAUAUGCAAAUGAUCUGCGCACCAACUAUGGUGAUGAAGGGCUGCUGCCAUCUAAAUUUCUGGUGGAGGAGAUGCGUGUGUUGGUGGAGUCGCAAGGAAUGUGUCUCCCCAACUUCCUCCCUCGAGUGGCCUUCCUCGCCUUGCUGCGCGAGAAAGUUAGGCGUGUCUCCAAUUCGCCGACCCAAUUCAUCAACAUGGUGUGGAGCUAUCUGGAAGCUGUGGUUCUUCGGGUGUUUAUAAUGCAUUCCGAGUCCUAUCCCCAGCUGCAGAUCUCGGUGAAAAGGGCAGUUCAAAGUGUCAUGAAUAAGAGGAGGAUUUUCUCUGUGGAGCGCGUAAAAGAGAUGGUGGAGACGGAAAAGAUCGCGGACUACACCUGCAAUCCUGAAUACAGGAGCACAUGGUCGAGCUUCAUAAGUAAACAAAAUGAGUUGAUGGACAAGGUGAAGGGAACUCUAAUGGGAAACACUGUGGAAAUUGAAGGGUGUGGAGUCGACAUCAAGCACCUGAGGGACAAAAAUCCUCUUCUAGUGGAACAGGCCUUCGAUAUGAAAAUGAGGGUGGUGGCUUACUGGAAGAUUGUUCUGAUGAGGUUGGUUGAUAAUGUGGCACUGCAUCUCCUCUUUGCCUUGCAAAAGCUGGUGACUGAGCAGCUAGACGCCGGCAUCAUCGACGACUUGGUUGGGCCUCACUUGGGAGGCAUCGAGAGGAUGCUCGAAGAAUCGCCGGCGAUUGUGAACAAGCGAAGUCAGCUUAGCCGCAGCAUUGAAUUGCUCCGGGAGGCGAAGGAUGCACUAUCAUUCAUAGGGGACCGCAUUGCUGCUCCCACAAAGGAGGUGGACUGAUUUUGGCGUGGCAUUUGCAGUGUAUCUUGGUUUUGUGUGUCUUCGUCUCCUUGUCAGUCUCUGCUUAUGGUUAGCUUCUUCCAAAAACAUGGUAUACAUGUGUUUUAGUUUUGGGUUCAAUUUCUACAGACUUGUGGUAUGAGUUUUUAUA